AGCCAUGAGACUAUCAAUGAACUUUUUGAUUGUUACUGAGGUACGUUUUCUAAUUGAAGAACAGGAAUUUUGUUUCAAAGAAAUGUAAUUAUCUAUCCGAGUUUUAGUCUCAUUGAAUUUGAUGACUAAUCGACUACCCACUUGGCAACCGAGUUUGUGUGUAGAAGAUUUUUCUUGCAAAAAUGGCUACAAAACUAUCAAUAAACUUUUUGAUUGUUAUGCAGGGUCGCCAAAUAUCGUCGUCCGAUGCAACCGAGCGAGGAUUCCCGCACCGAAAAUACGAAAGAGUCGAAUGCACGGAGAAACGGCAUUCGACGGCCAUUGAAACUACCGUUAACUUUUCGAAAAGCUGAAAUCCAUCCAAAUACGUACGUAUGGUCUGAGAAGAGACCGUGACAUCCUACGCGAGCGUCGCUACCGACCGAGGCCUUUUCCGCGGAUAGUGCGGUGACCACGGUGACAAUCCGCGGUCGAAAGACCUCCGAGUCGGGUCAUUCUAAAUUUCGUCCAAUAAGAAGUCAAGCGACAACGCACGUUGAGUCGUGUGUCCUUGCGGCGUGUACGAUCCGGUAUAUGUUCGGGAAGGGGAGGAGGAGGGAGAAGGGAAUUUCGGCGCGGGAAGAAGAGCGGCGUCGAAGAGAAGAAUCGUGCACUUCCUGAGCCAUGGAGAGUCCACCGCAGAGUCCUGCGCCGGUGUGUAAUUGAGGUCCUGCGAAGCUACUCCCUACGAAGCAGUCCCCCAUGGUGGGGGACGCCCUAUGUAAGCCCUCGAACCGACCAGGUCCAGGCCAUCCAGCAUCAGAACAUCGUGCGCAAAGAUUCGGACACCGCGAGAGGUUCGCCAACGAUCCCUCGACCCCUUCGUCGCGAGUUCAAACCGACCUCCUCGAGGGUGUUCUGUUCUCGCGAUUCUCCUUGGAUCUCCUGCAACCCGAUCAGGAGGUUACCAUGAGGCUCGUCCUGAUAUUCUUGGCCCUCUUGGUGCUCGGCCUCUGCGACGCCGCCAGCAGAACGGCCACCGCGGCGCGUCGUCGGACGCACCUUGAACACCCUCGACAGCAACGUCAAGAUUCAGAAAACGUGUGGGACCUCGUGGAGUUGCAAAAAUUGGACAACAACGCGAACGUUUGGAACAAGAACCCCUCCAACCCGUCUGCAAACGUUACGGAGUUGCAAGACUCGGAGCUUUCAAACACAAGGCAAUUGUACCCGAGUCUUCCCAAUCCCGGAGAAACGAACGAGUUACCAGGACCUAUAACCGCUGAACCGAUACCGAUGGCAACACCCCCGCCUGGCUGUCUCGCUCCCCGGGGACAGUUCCCGAGUGCGAGGAGUUGUUCCAAUUACUUGAAUUGUUGGGACGACACGGUUGUCGAACAAUCUUGUCCCGACGGAUUACUCUUCAACGACGUCAGCCUAGUUUGCGAUUACGAUUACAACGUGAACUGCGGCGAUCGGCCGAAGCCCACGCCGAGACCAUCUCUGUCUAGCGGUGCGAAACUCUGCCCGGAACCAAACGGCCGUUACAGAAGUGCAACGAACUGCUCGGAAUUCUACGUGUGCGUUUACAGAAAGCCGAUUAAAUUCGCUUGCUCCGGCAACUCGGUCUACAAUGACGUAUUGGGCGUCUGUGACUACCCGUACAACGUAGAUUGUAAAGGCGCGGUAACUCCCUCGCUUCCGCCUAAACCGACCACGCCGCAGAGCCAGCCGCCAUCACAGUCAGCUACUUCACCGACCUGGCCAUCACCACCAUCCUACGGACCGUUGCAACCGUCGCCGCUUCCUGCACAACCACCAUCCUAUGGGCCGUCGCAAUUACCAUCUUACGGGCCACCUCAACCACCUCAACCAUCUCAGUCACCUCAACCACCACAGCCAGUUCAGUCAUCGCCUUAUGGACUGUCACAAUUUGCUUCUUGGCACCAACGACCUGUAGCCGCGCAACUGCAAAUCGAAAAAGACCAACAACAACAGCAGCAGCAGAUGCCUGAACAAUUUGAAAAUCCGUGGAACACCGUGCAAAAUGUCCCCCCUAGUCUCAGCACCGCCCCGUGCAACGACGGGGACGUGCACAGGUUGAACGAUUUUUGCACGAACGUGGUAGUUUGCAGGAACGGGCGACCGCAGCUGUUGCGAUGUUCGUUGGGGUACUCGUACGACAGGGUGUCAGACUCUUGUAAACCAAUUUCUAUCGCCAAAUGCUAAUCAAAACCUACGCUUUUGUAUUAAAUAUAUGGACUACUUAAACUAAAUAAAGCAUUGAUCUUUCUUAAAACCUGGAUUCUCUACCGUUACUUAUCCGGCUCCUUUUCUCACUUAGUCUUUCGGUAAACGGAAAACAAAAGUUGCUUUAUCUCCAUUCUAAAUAUCAAGGAAGAGCGUAGACUUUUGUAAUUUGACCUUGGCAAUACUUAUAAAUUUUACUGUUCUCGUAUACAUUAACAUUUUAAUGUAUAUGUUAAGUAAUUAUUUAAACACAAUGUACUUUCUAUUUGUA